UUCCGCAGUUACAAUCAGAUUGGCCGAACCGAACGGGACACUUUUGCUGCGAAGACGCGAGCCCAUGCCUCGUUGAUCAUCCCACAUGCGAGAGCGUGAGAGUGAGGUAGACGAGUAAUAAGUUAAAAGGGGGGAGCGGCAAUAGUCCAUACUAGAGCAUACUACGGUCCCUGCAUGUCGGCAUAAUGGCUACGUCGUCCGUCGCAUCUAUAAUGGCCAACGCGGGGAUUGAUAACGACCUAAGAGGGUGGAUUAUGUGUAUCGUGAGCGGAAUUGCUUGUGUUCUCGGUGCAGCCAUAGUCUGCGUUGACGUCGUUGUCCGAUUAUUCCCUGGCAAAAAAACAUUUCGGAUCCAGGACAGCAAUACCUUCCUAGCCUGCUCACUGAGCUUGAGUUUUGGUGUCAUGCUCUUCAUGUCAUUGAAUAGUAUGCUGCCGGAGGCAAAAGCAUAUCUCAAAAAGGCUGAUCUUCCAGAAAACCACGCGAGCCUCAUCCUAAUGGGCUGUUUUGUUGGUGGGUUCGUAGGCAUUCAAAUACUGUCGAGGCUGUUCCAUCAGUUCCUGCCAUCACAUGUCGUCGACUGCGAUCAUAGCCAUGGCGAACACUCUGUAAAUGGAAGCGUUCACGGUGGUUCUCAAAAACGAUCAUCUCGGGCUCGCAGCGUUGACAAGCGUGAUGCGCUCCCCUAUGCGUCAGGAAACGGACCAAAGCAUCCAACAGAGCAAGUGGACGAGAAUGAACAUCCAAGUGAAUCAACUCCACUACUAGGAAACCAAAACGACACACCUCAUUCUCAUUCAAAUGGGUGCGAUGCUCUUAGGAGGGCGAAGUCCGUCCAGAUCGAUCAUACCACACCACUUGACCAUCCAACCCGGGACCGGGCCAAAACUGGGGUACGACGGCCAUCUGUACUAGAAGUACCCAAGCGGGUUGUGUCCUUCAUGAAAGACACCAAGACCAACUGUGACGAAUUAGGGCCUUGCUUCGGAUAUACAGAUCCUUGCGGACAGGAAUGCUUCAAACAUUUGACAACUCGAUGCAAUGGUAUCUCGCGGGCGGCAACCUUCAUUCGAACAAAUACGGCCUACGCUGGCGCAAGUAUGGACAGAGUAGACGAAGACAGCGAGGGUCUCUCACAAGUAAGUCCAACGCAACGUAGAAGCCGCGCACAGUCACGUGGCAGCCGACCACCCAACGAUCCUGAUUGCGACUCGAUUUACUCAGACGAUCUCGAGUCGCAACAUCACCACCAUGUCGCAGAAAAUGCGUUCAUGUCCAUAGGACUUCAAACAUCAGUAGCUAUCGCUCUGCACAAGUUCCCCGAAGGCUUCAUAACCUAUGCCACAAACCACGCCAACCCAGCUUUGGGGUUCAAUGUAUUCAUCGCACUUUUCGUACACAACAUCUCCGAAGGCUUUGCUCUUGCCCUACCAUUGUACAUGGCGCUGAACAGCCGGCUAAAAGCUAUUCUCUGGGCUUUCCUCUUGGGUGGUCUAAGUCAGCCUUUUGGCGCUGGGAUCGCCUUUGCAUGGUUCAAGCUGGCCAAUCACACGCAUUUGACUCCCGAUGCCGUAGCCUAUGGCUGUUUAUUUGCCGUUACGUCUGGUAUCAUGGUCAGUGUCGCUCUGCAGCUAUUUGUCGAGAGUUUGAGCCUGAAUCACAACCAGAACUUGAGCAUUCUGUUUGCAUUCUUGGGCAUGACGCUGCUAGGACUGAGCAAUGCGUUUAAUUCAGACGCGCAUUGAGAUUCAUGUUGGAAAAAGGAGUAAAAACAAGACGAGAUUACGAAUAGCUCUGCAUUUUACAAUCACAGAAAUUAGGAAACCACAUUGGAUGGUUGGUACUGGUACAUACAUACAAUUUUUGGUUUUGUUUUUUGGCUUCAUCAGGGAUAGGCACCAAUACCUACAUCGGCACACAGACUGCCACCGGCGUUUAUGGAUGAAUACAGAAUCACAGUAAAAAGGGAUAAACUUUGUUUAUACACUACCAGCAUUAAGGGUCAAAGCUGAAA